GAGUAUGAGUAUUGACAAUUUAUUGUUGAGUCGAUGAAGUGAAAUUUUGCGCGGCUACGUGGAUUUGCGCGAUUACGACGAAAACAGUAUAAAAAAUAAGUUUUCGUGUGCUCUAAUUACGUAAUAUAUAAAGUAAUUGUGUGUUUCUUAUUGUUCAAUAUUUAUUUACUAUAUUGUGUGUUAGUGUAUAUAUUUAGAGUUUUAUUUUCCAAAGAACGAUGUAUUCGUUUAGAAGUGAAAAUGUUAACCAGCUGCAUGCGCAUAAUAUUCGGAUUACCGAACUUGAUUCUUCGAGUGCUAUGUCUCAGCCCCAACCUCAAAAGGUGGUGCAUCUGCCUAAGAUCAGAAUGCUGAGUCGAGGGGGCAGAGCGCCUUCAGGCGUUCGCAUCACCAAUGUGAAGUCUAUCAGACCACCUGACCCUGAGGCUGUGAAGAAACAGGAGGAAGUCAAGCUUAGGGCUCAGCUCCAAAAAGAAAUAGUAUCCAGGGCCCGGACCUGUGCGUACAAGAGUUACGAGUGUCCCCUACCAGUGGUGACGGGAAGACAGUAUUGCUACCGUCACAUACUGAAGGAUCCUACUGCACCGUACCGACAGUGUGCUCAUACGUAUGGCAAUGGGGAAAGGUGUCCGAUGCCUGCACCGAGUGAUGGAAGGGAUCAUAGGGACACUGGUCUCUGCUUCGAGCACGCUCGCGCGGCACUGUACGCGCGACAGCGCAGCGCCGCGCCGCCGCCGCCCGUCACUACUACCGAAACACUGCUUAAUCAGCUGCAGCAUUAUGUUAAGCCAGAACGUCCACGUACAACAUCGUGUGCAUCAUCAGUGUCAGUUGUCAGUGAUCCUGCUGAACAAGAGCAGGCUGAUCCAGAAAUUGUUGAUCCAUUCAAGCAAAUUGACGCAACAUCAAUCAACAAUGCCUACGCUACCGCCAUGAUGGAGUACGCGAGCUGCAGCGACAGUGACGGCGAGAGCGUCACCCUGGGGCCUGGCGGUGACUGCCGCGCUGGUGACCACGAGGAUCUGUCUGAUGCUGAAGACGCUCCCUGCGAGGAGACGCCGCUGUGGAAAGCAGGAGUAUACACAGCCGAGGAGGCCGUCAGCGUGGCACAGUCGGCACUGAAGAUGCUGCAGUCGGCGUACGUGACGCAGAUGUCGCGGCUGCGCGUGCUGCUGCACUCGGCGCGGCUGCUGUACCUGCGGGACCUCAAGGCGGAGAGGGACCAGUACUGCAGUAUAAACUCUCAAUCUCGGAGCGGUCCCCUCACGGUUCGUGAAAGGCGACAACUACGUAAACUGAAGGCCUAUGCUAGCUACCAUAGGAAACACGGCAACGAUGCUGUGUUAGCCAGGAAGAUGCACCAUAAGAGAGCUAAGCUAAACGACCCGUGUCCCAAUCGUCCCAUACCGUCGCAAGGUCGGUGUACGUUCACUGAGGGCGGAGUCAGAUGUCCUACCCACGUGCUACCUGCGGCUAAACAUUGUUUGAAGCAUAUAUUGCAUGAUAGGCAGCAGGUACUUUUCAAUGCUUGCGGCGACAUUCGAGGUGUAACCUCAUGCCGGGAGCCGGUCGCCAAGCUGCCGCUACCGUCCGCCGCCUGCCGCUACCAUACCGACCCGCCCGUCUAUACUGUCUUUACUUUAGAGAAACACGGGUCAGACACAGAAUCGGAACAACCUUCAACAUCAGAUGACUCCCACGCUGAUGAACUGUUAGACCCCCCUUCAGAGACCCUCCCUGACCUCACAGAGUCUCUAACCGAGGUCCAAGAAGACAGAGUGGAAGUCCAAGAGUUGGAAGUCGCAUACAGCCAGGAUAUGACGGAGGAAUGACAAAUAGCUGAUCUGGUUUACCAGAUGUACAAUGAUUUUGAAGUCUGCGAUGUGAAUGCUGGACAUUAAAAUGUGUGGGACAGUGGAACAAGAAAUGUUCUCUGAAAAGUGUAUUAUGAUAUGAUGGAACUGAUAUUAGGGCUUGUUUGGUUGAUAAAGAACUUUUAUGAUAAAGUGAAUGAUUAAGAGGUUUUAAUGUGAUGGGACUAUAACUGUCUUAUUAAGAAAUCUGGAAGCUGACCCCAACAUAGUUGGGAAAAUGCUUUACCAAUGAUGAUGAUGAUGAUUUCAGACCAUGUUGCAUAAUAACAUGAUUGGUGUAUAAACGUAAAGAUUUAAUUUACUUUUGUGAGGGUAAUUAGUAUGAUGUGGACGAUGUGGAUAUUAAAAAAAGUGGUAUAAUAAAAUGUGAUUAAAAAAAGACGAAAAUGCAGACACAAUCUUCGAAUAUCUUGAUUAAUGACUUAAUUCUUUGAAAAUGUGCGCUAAAAAUAAACAUUAAAUUGUGAUUUUAGACCAAAGUGACCAUUUUUGUGUUAAAAAGAUAAGAGAAUGUGACAUGAAUCUCGUUUAAAACAAUAAACGCAUAAAAAACGGCAAGAUCAGUAUUAAAAGUGCAUUUAUAAGUGACAAUUAAAUACCAAAACCAGUUAUUUUACAAAGUGUGAAUACAACUUUUCCAAUCAUGACCUUUUGUGAUAAACUGUACCUUUAUCAAAUUUUUGAAACAACUGUUACCUAUGACUAUUGUGUAAACCAUUAACUGUGUUUUUGAGAUUGACUAAAAUUCCUAACGUUAAUGGGAAAUGGCUAGGCAUAAUAUAAAGCUGGGUACUCACUUAGAAGUGUAGCACGUAACGUAUCAGAUACGGUAUCAACCUGCAAGUGGGGACGGCUCGUCCACGGUCCUCACGAGCACACUGCGAGCCGCCUUUGCGUUCGCAGUGAAACCGCCACUCGGCGGGUCACUGCGAGCUUACAGCGCUCCACGCGCGAGCGGCUCGCAGCGGGCUCGUGCCUACGUACUCACUUGAUACCGUAUCUGAUACGUUACGUGCUACACUGCUAAGUGAGUACCCAGCUUAUGCAACUAAUUAAACUUGGUGAUAAUAAUUAAUGAGAAAUAUGACUACACUUGACUAAUGUGGUAUUGUGAUGUGAAAGAUAAUUUUUGCCUUGAAUCAGAACAUUGUGAUAAAUAAAAGAACUAAAUUGAUUUGUUAUUGUGAGAAAUCGACUUUGGAAUUCGCUUAAUAGCUUAAAAAUUGUAUGGUAUAUGAAGAAAUAUAUAUGUAUGACAUUUGUGACAUAAAACUGUAUUGUUGUAAUAUUAGUUGAAAAAUUGUCGCCCAUUGGGCAUAUCUAUUUGACAACUGAAAAUUAUGCAGUUAUAGUUAAAUGGUGCCUCUCACCAUAAGUACUAUAACUUAUAUGCAAUUUAUAAUAUAGAAAAGUAUCCAAAUCCAAUAAUCUCUUUCAUAAAUGUUGUAAAACUUAAAACUAAACUAUAGGUACCCACCUUUUUCUGAAUCUUAUGUUCUAGUCUGCAAAUGUACCAAUGUAAUAAUUUAAGUAAGAAACCUAACUGAACACAUUGUAUUAUACUUUGUCAAUCUAAAUGUUCCAAAUAAAAAUAAUUCCAGUACAUA